UAAUACAUUAUAAGUAUUUUUUCUGUUACAGAAAUCUAAACUUUUAAUUCACACGAUUAUUACACACUAUUGCUGUUUAAGCAAAGUACUAUUUUAGAAGUUAGAAAUAAGAAAAUGGUCAUGGAGGCAUCCCCUUCUCCACAAAAUGUCGGUCGUGAAUUUGUCCGACAAUAUUAUACUUUACUUAAUCAAGCUCCUGCGCAUCUCCAUAGAUUCUAUAAUCAACAUUCUUCUUUUGUACAUGGAGGAUUAGAUUCAAAUAGAGAAUCUACUCCUGCAAUUGGCCAAAAGCAAAUACAUCAAAAAAUUCAACAAUUAAACUUUCGAGAUUGUCAUGCUAAAAUAAGUCAAGUUGAUUCACAAUUGACUCUUGAAAAUGGUGUUGUUGUACAAGUAUCUGGAGAAUUAUCCAAUGCUGGACAACCAAUGCGCCGUUUUACACAAACAUUUGUUUUGGCUAUACAAGCACCAAAAACAUAUUAUGUACAUAAUGACAUAUUUCGUUAUCAAGAUUUGAUCUUUCCUGAUGAAGAGGAAACGGAUGUAGGUGUUGUAGAAGGAGGUGUAGGUGAAUCUGGAGAAAGGGAAGGGGAAGAAGGAGGUCGUUCUGAACCGGAAGAAGAUGAACAUCAAAAUCGAGGACAGCAACUUUCAGCACCAGCUGCAUCUACUGAACCUCAAGCUCAGCCACCGCUUAUCCCUGCACAACAACCUGUACUACAACAGCAGCAGCAAAUAUAUUAUGCUCCACCACCACAACAAACUCAUGUACAUCCCGUAAUGCAGCAAGUACUAAAUGGAUCGGUUCAUGAAGAAACACCAUUGAUCAAUCAACAACCACCACCUGCACAGCAGCAGCAACAGCAACAACAACCACCUCCACCACCUGCUCAACAACAUCAAUAUAUAACUGAAACUACAUCACAAACACAAUUUGUACAAGAAACAGAACUGGAUUCCACUACUGAGCAGCAACAACAAACAGAAAAUGAACCACAAGUACAAUCAAAUGAAACUCGAGAACAACCCGAAACUGAGUCAUUUACCACAUCUGUACAAGAAUCUGAACCAGAACAUCAAGUGGCAAAUACAAAUGUAACUAGUAGUGGGCCGAAAACAUAUGCUAAUCUUGUUAAAUCAUUCCCCAGUACUACUGGAGCUACCAGCCCUCAAGCUCCCAAAUUAUCUAUGUCACCGCCUCCAUUGACAAACUUACGUUUAGACGAUAGAUCACCAUUACAUCCAACUAAUAGUGGACCUACACUUUCUACAUCAACUAGCGUUUCUACUCCUCAACAACAAACUCAUAGAGUUGGUAAUCAACAACCACAGCAACAGCAACAUCAGCAACAACGAGCUCCAAGAGGAGGGGCAGUGCAACGAGAUGGUGAUCGUCGGGGAACAAGACAAAGUCAAUAUAGCGAUGCCCAUCAACUCUUUCUUGGAAACUUACCGCACAAUGCAUCAGAAGAUGAUUUACGUCAAGUGUUUGAAUCUUAUGGUAGAGUGGUAGAAUUACGUAUACACAGUAAAUCAAAUGAUAGGUGCAAAGGUCCACAAGGUAAUAAUACAGGAAAAGUGCCUAACUAUGGAUUUAUCACUUUCGAAGAUCAGCAAGUUGUUAGCAAAGUGUUGCAGAACUUGCCAAUUUACUAUCCUGCUGAAAAUGGACAAAAAUUAAAUGUUGAAGAAAAAAAAGUUAAGCCUAGAACAAUGGAAGGCAGCGGUGGUCGAUUGAAUUCGAAUGAUGGUAGUAUGAGAGCAAUGGGCGGACAACAACAACAGCAACAACAACGUGGUCCCGGUGGACCUGGAGGAAUGAUGAGAGGUGGUCAACAUGGUACAAGAGGUGGACGUGGAGGAUUUUCACGAGGAGGUGAUGGUGGAAGGGGAGGUGGUGGAAUGCGGCAAUCUGGUAAUCCAAGCAAUUUAAGUUACCAAAAUCGUCGCUAAUACUUCAAGCAACGUUAAAGGCACACCCCAGUUUCUUUUUUCUUCGGUCAUCGAUAUAUAAUUAUCAUUCUCAUUCUUAAAUUCAAAAUCCAGGACUAUUUCGUAUGCAACAUAACGUGAUUAAAGGCGCUAUCCUUUUACGCUUAAACAUCGCUUGCAUCGUUCGUCAAGCAACAACUAUAAAUGACGCAGCUCAAAUUGUAUGGAAUACGAACUCAAAUAGGAUUAUCGCAUUUAUGCUAAGUUCGUCGUGUUUGUGGAUAAGGAAUAAUGAUUUAAUAAAAUAAUUCAUUGAACAUUCAACUUAAUUGGUUGGAUAUUUGAUGAAGUAACUAUGAGUUCGUCCUUCAUACAUCGACGUCAGACAAUUUACAAGACUUUACGAUGAAAACAAAACUGCAUCCAUUUGCAUAUGUACGUAUAACAGAGCGACGUGUGAUAUCCUGUUUUGAGAUAUGGGUGUGUUUUUGUCUCCUAAUACGUAGCCCACAUUUCUUAAAAGCCAAUAUUCAA